AUGGUGAAUCGUGGUAAUAUACUCCUCGGAGUGAUACUCCAUUCGAUAUGUGCUGUAGGAGUAGGCGCUGAUGACAGGAUACAAAGGAAGCGACGGGGAUCAUUGCACUCUUCUCAAACGGCACAUCAAUCGUCAUCCGAUGAAAUGAAUAGUCCAAUCAAGACUAGAAGGGUUCAAACAACAGAGAAUGGUCAAUGUUUAGAUCGAUUUAGUGCUACAUUUCUUCAGUUCUCGGCUUUACCCCAAGCAAUAUACAACGAUCCGUUUACACGGAACCCUCAGGAACUGGGCACCCGGUAUAUCUACAAUGACAACUUGAGAUUUCUUCCUAGUUUGGAUGUCGUACCGGGAUCAAGAGCGUCUGGUACCUGCACGAGAGUUCAAUCGCGGGUUGGGAAUGAUCAAAUUGGACUUCAAUUGGGUAUGGGCCAUUGCGAAUUCACCUACAGGCUGGCCAACGGCGACCGAGAAGUUAUAUUCACGGCAACUGGCGAAAUAGUUGACUCCAUAGGUGGGGCCUUAUCUAUCACGGGAGGAGCGAGAUCAGCAUUUGGCGCGUACGGGGAAGCUAUCAUUACGCCUGUGACAGUGCAACCAGAUGGAUCCGUUGUGAGCAACGAAGGUGAUAUCUUUCUUGAACCCAACUUCUACAAGGUAGAAGCAACCCUAGUCUUUCCAUGCAAAUGA